AUGAUGAACCGGCAAGGACCAUUACGACAAGUGCCCUACGGGCAACAGCCGCCUCAGCAACAGCCGGGGCGCCCAGGGCAGGCGAGGGGGCUACCUAAAGCGCAGCAAGCGGCGAUGAACAAUUCCAAUUGGGCGUUUGGCAAUGGCGGCAGUCUAUCGAUGGGGGGGAAUGCGAACCUCAAUAUGGGAAUGCGGCCGCAAGCAAGUGGAAAUCUCAGUUUUGCCCAGAGCUUGAUAGGCUCGCAGCAGCAGUCGGCGACGUUAGACCCAUCGGAGUUUCCAUCUCUGUCCAACACGGCGCCAAAUCAAUCAAACCCUGCAUCUAUGUGGGCGCAACAACCAUCCCGCAAUAUCGGUGGAGGAGCUCACCGGGGCCCCCAGACGCCCUUAUCAGCGCAUCCGGGCCAACAAGAUGAUCUAUUCACAUCCUCUCGACUAGCCUCGACUGCGCAAUCGUCUUUUCGUUUUGGCAACCAGGGAGCCGUGAACCAAGCGCCCCAGGGAGGACAGGCUGACGAGUUCCCACCAUUGAACCGAUCAACGAACGGCGAAAUAGGAGGGCAAGAUCGGGGUCCAGGUCUGAUGUCGAAUAUGGGGUUCGGCCAAGGGGGCGCCCCUUCUACUAGGGGUGUGUCACACGCGAACCUAGCUGGGAACGGUCUUCUCAACGCCCUGUCGGCUACUUCCCGGACAGGAGAGGUUAUUUCGCCAACGUCGAUACAAAGGUCCCAAGGGCCUCGAAGUCCAGUGGACGAUGAAGAACCGCGCCAAAAGCCACCCGGGUUUCGCGAGGGCAGCGUGGCAUCACAUACUUCAGGAAAUGAUGCGCUCCCGGAUGUUGUUGAUCCUCUUGAAGGGAUGUCUCCUAUUGACAGGUGGGGGAUCAAGGGGCAUCAGACUUUGAUGAACAAUUUCCCCGACUACAACAUCAUCGGCCAUGGGAUCGAGCCAUCGGUUCUGGGGUUGGAUUUGCGUUCCAGCGACCUGAUUUCCACGCAGAUUUACUCGCUGUUCAACGCCAUGCCUCCAAGGCCGGCGGUUCAGAAUUUCAAGUUGCCCGACUGCUACGAGGUCAAAAACGUACAGCCCAUGGACGUGAAAAUUAGUAGCUUCAACGAGGAGACCUUGAUGUGGAUCUUUUACAGCUGUCCGCGGGACUACAAACAGCAGUUGGCGGCGAUGGAGCUCAUGAGCCGCAAUUGGCGAUGGCACAAGCGUCUGCAACUCUGGUUGACCAAGGACGAACAGCUGGUACCUCAAACCUUAAGCGUUAAUACUGAGCGAGGCUACUACAUUGUGUGGGACAAGGACUUAUGGCGCAAAGAGCGGAGGGAACUUACUCUGCACUAUGCUGACCUCGACACGACGUCCGCGUCACCUGCUGUAGUAUCUUGA